AUGACACGUCCGAGUGUUCCGGCAGCAUUGAACCGCUUGUGCAAUUGCGUGUUGGUGCAUGUCUCGUGCAGCUACGCAUGGUCUUCUCGCUUUGUGGACUGUGGUCAGGCCACUGUUGGCAGCGUCGACGAGCGCGUGGAGAGCUUGGAAGCGAUUGUGAAGGUCAUACAAGAGACCCUCAAGGCGCACAACGCAAGGAGCCUGAAGAGUGUGGACGUGGACAGCGAAGAUACAGCGCGAGUACUGGGACCAAAGUGGGGACAAGAAGCCUCAGGCCCCUCGCCCCUCCGACCUCCAGAAGAUGAUGAUGUCUCAGAGAUCUUGGAAGGGGUGCUUGUCGGAGAAGGUGCAGACAACAACAACAUGAACAAGGAGAACACGUCACCUUUGAAACCGCGGACCGGACGCGGUCAGAGGAAAACGAUCUCCACGGCCAAGGUCACCCAAAUCAACGAGCGAACCUUGGACACGCAGACGCAGGAGUAUUACUCCUUUGGAGAAUCCACGUGGGACCUGUUCAUGUUCAUCGGCACUGGUGCUCUGGGACCGUUGGGCUCCCUGCAAACCUUCGUUUUGGCGAUCGUAAACGUCGUCAUGCAAGGAAUUUUCGUUGGCAUCGCCUUGUUCAACUUCACCGACCCGGAUAUCACUCCGCAAACCAUCGAGGACACUCUUCGCUGGCGACGGUCUUCAGGACAUUCGCUUUCUCAGUAUGAUGAUGUCUCGAAGUCCUCCUUGGUGGCACGUGUCUGCCAGUUGGACAAGUCGCUGCCUGUUUCUGGCAUCCAAAUGAGCAUGUACGAGAACAUUCGAAAGUACAUCAAGCCUGAAGCGGUGGGUGUGGAACGGUUCUUCACGGGACAGGUCCUUUGUCUGGUGGCACUGAUCUGCUGGUACCUCAUGGUCGCCAAGGAGGUGAGCCACGCACUUGCCCUGCAUCGUGGCAUCGCCUCGGUCAAUCGCGGCCCGACCACGCUCCUCACAAGAGAGAAUCCGUUCACGCAGGUGACACACUACAGGCUCACGGCGGUUUCGCGGCGCCGAAAGGUGAUCAGUGCACUUCUCCUAGCUUAUCGAAUGGUUGCUGCUGGCCUGUUGAUCUAUGUCGGGACCUUCUUCUUGGUUUACACUGUCAAUGUCACAGAGCUCAUCCUGAAUGCAGUUGCGCUCGGCAUCAUCUUAGACAUUGAUGAUCUACUUUUCGAUGCUCUGGCUACAACACCUGGCCGACAUCUGGUCCACCAGCUGGACUCGUUGCCCAUGCCGUCCUUCCCUCGGUUUCGAGGAGCCGACGCAAAGUCGAUGAGCAUGAGUUUCCUGAUCCCAGGUCUCACUAUACUGAUUUACUUUACGAUGCUGGCUCCCAUUGUUCAGACCCUUACAGACGUGUCAACUGCGAUGUGCGGCGGGGCACAUGAGUUCGUCUGGACGCUCGACAAGCGCAGGGUCGUGCUGAUGUCCCCGACGACCGGUGGUGGUUGGGACAACCUCUCUGGCUCCAUCCAGUACCUGGCCGUAGAUGAGGCAGAGGGUUUGCCGACAGUCGACGGUAUCCCCAAUCUGGAGGCUAUCCAAGAGACGGAGUACGGAUUUUGGGUGAGAGAGGUGAGCAGAUUGACAGACGCCUCUGUUCUAUCCUUGGACGAAACCGUGGAUGCCUACAAUCCCGACUGUGGAGACAUCGGCAACCAGGAGCCGAUCCUGAACUACUUGAGGAAUGCGGUGGGGAACCAGAGUCUUCGAGGCUGCGCUGAUGCAAAGCCAUACUGCGACUCCAUAACCAAGAUGCCGGGUUGGACAAACGAUGGUGGAGCUGGCUUCACAGUGCGAAUGUUUUGCUCGGAAACUUGUGGCUGCACUGAUCCAGGGGGCGAAAGUCUACAUAUCGAGGGCUGUCCAUACGGCAAGGGCCGCCCGUGCUGGAAAACAGCAGCUUUCGAGGAUGCAGUCGUCACCGCGGUGUGCAAAGAAAAGAGCGCGGAGGAACUGCGAAACUUCACGCCGUGGAUCAGCUGGGUGAACACCAUCGAGGCAUUCAGCCAGGAGGAGGGCAGCCUGAUGGGGAAGCCCGAGGCAGCCCGCUUGGCACAGGCUAUGUGGGAGCACGGAUGUGGCUUCGCCGCGAAUCUAUCAGCAGAGAACAUCAGCUGGGGCACGUGUGAUCAGUGGAACACCACUUUCGAUUGGCACUGGAAGACUGUCUCAUACUACUGCCCCACGUCUUGUUCCUGUGGCUGGGACAGUCCUGCAGAGAGCACCUGUCCGUUGCCGCUGGGGCGGACUUGCGACGACCUAGAGGAUUGUCUGUUUGCCAACAACCAGUACUACUGUCCCGAGAAUGCACCAACGAUCAAAGGCAGCCUCGUCCUGGACAUAAGCAAUCCUGUGUUGAUGAUUCCGCAUGUGGAUUCCGUGGGCAUCGCCAUCCAGGAGCUGGUUGCUCAGCUUGCUGGAAAUGGUGUUGAGCCGUGGAUGGUCUACCCCUCAGAAGUCGGCGGCAUUCCGGGUCUUGGAAGACGCCUCGCAAUGGUGCAGUUGGAGUUUCAGAUCUACCAGAUCGGGGGCAACAUGGACGAAAACGAUAUCAAGAAGAACCUCCAAGACGGUGAAUCCAGCCAGAUGACUUCCAUAUUCAUCACCGCCUUGGACGGUAUGGGUGUCGAGACAGGCGCUUGGGGCCCCUCGAUCAACAUCACAGCUUCCACAGGGCAUGCAUUGGUAGCGGCUCUGGAACUGGUACUGGCACUGGAAGUGGCAGUGGAAGUGGCUCUGGAAGUAGCCAAGAUGGUGGAGAUGGUCCGAGUGGAGACGGCACUGGUGGAGAUGGCGAUGACGGUUCUGGCGACGAUGCAGGUGAUUCUGGCGACGGCAGUGGAAGCGGCAGCGGCUCAAGCGGCAGCGGCAGUGGCCCAAGCGGAAGUGGUCCUAGCGGGGAUGGAGAUGAUGGUUCAGGUGACGACACUGGCAGUGGCAGUGGGCCUGGCAGUGGCAGCGGCCCCAGCGGAGAUGGAGAUGAUGGUUCUGGUGAUGAUACUGGUGGUGGCAGUGGCCCCAGCGGCAGUGGCACCAGUGGGGAUGGAGGUGAUGGUUCUGGCGGCGACACUGGCAGUGGCAGCGGCCCAAGUGGGGAUGGAGGUGAUGGUUCUGGUGACGACACUGGCAGUGGCAGCGGCCCAAGUGGGGAUGGAGGUGAUGGUUCUGGUGACGACACUGGCAGUGGCAGUGGCUCCAGUGGCAGCGGCAGUGGCACCGGCAGUGGUUCUGGCACUGGUACUGGCAGUGGUUCUGGUAGCGACACUGGCAGUGGCAGCGGCUCCAGUGGCAGCGGCACCGGUCCUGGUACUGGUACUGGUAGUGGCCCGGGUGGAAGAUAGUCAAGCCCAGAGGCACGAGACGACUUCCCUGCAUCUGGGCCUUGUAACCAGGAGUGCUUCUUUCAUCGCUGCUGACAGCCUGGUGGUUUGA